AUGGCACUGAAUUUUUUGCAGCAAUGGAGGGGGGCCUGUUCUAAUUCUACCAGCUGCAUCAAUGUUGUGUCAGCUUUGACUGUCUGGUCUCCUCCACCGCAGGGUUGGAUUAAAGUUAAUAUUGAUGCCUCUUUAAACUCGCAACGAAGUUCACUAGGCUUCGGCUGUGUAGUCCGAGAUACUAAUGGUAGAUUUAUGGCGGCUAAAGCAGGCUGUUUUUGUAGUCAGAUGGAGGUUAAGUGUGCUAAGGCAAUGGCUUUUCGAGAGGCGUUGAGCUGGAUUAAAGAGUGCGGAUGGGAUCAAGUUCUUUUCGAAUCGGAUGCUCAGGUUCUUGUUGUGUCCAUUAACAAUGCUUCGUUAGAUGAUUUAUCACCUUUUCGUCUUUUGGUUCAAGAUUGUAAAUUGCUUCUAUCCAGUUAUGAAGAAGUAAGAUGUGGUUUCAUUCACAGGUCUGCGAAUGAUGUCGCUCAUGUUCUAGCAACAUCGGCUCAUUCUAAGUCAGAUCAAGGAGUUUGGGUUCAUGUCCCUCCUCCUCAUAUAGUUUCUUUGAACGCUUUGAGUUAA